AUGAUUUACACUGAAGAGAUGGAAAAUGAAGAAGACAGAGAUAUGGUUAUGUUGCAUUUAGUCAGAAGAAACAACAAAAGCUUUUACGACCUUGCUAAGAUUUACAAAUCUGACAGAAAUUGGUUCUAUCGCGAAAACUUACCGAUUUCAAUGACACCGAAUGAAGAUGUUAAACAGAUAGUUCAAGAUACGUUACCUCAAACACACUAUGAUAUGAAAGGUUGUACAAUACUUACCUUCAAAGAAGACUUACCGCUACUGAAAGAAAAAAUAACAGAGUAUUUUGACAACUUCAAACAAGCAGAGUAA